UUUUCACGUGACCUGAGGGGAAGUUGUUGGACUUUCAUCCCACGAACAUCUUCACUCAAGUAUUUUGGAACUUUUGCAUCUGACGAGAUGGAGAGGAGCCCAGUCUUUAAUAAUUAUGGAGCCACACAUGGCAUAGACAACCCUGGGUAUAUGCCUUCAGCACUAUCAGCACCAGCUCCCUCAGCGCCCCCUGCUGGAUUUUACGACACAGUGCCGGGGUAUGAGGGGACAAUGGCCGGGGAAGCAGGAGGGUUUCUUCCUCCGCCGAUGCCCUCAGCGCCCAUGCCUGCACCGGACAAUCUCCCUGCCCAGUCCAACUGGAAUAUAACCUCCAUUACAGAGGAUGUUGCACAUGAGGCCUUGGUGAACUACGCAUCUAGUAAAUGCUGUUACAGCUCUGCACCUGCUCGAGAAGGAGUCAUCACCAGCUUGGAGCCCUUCAACACCUACAGGUAUCGCUUGGAGACUUUCGCUGAGACGAGAUCUACUGAAUGGAGUCAAGAACCGUACACAGGCCAGCCUGUGGAUGCUUUUAUCCAGCCUGCUCCAGCACCGUGGGCCAUCGCAGCCCAAACACCUACUUUCUUCCAGGAUCAAACACAGAAAAUCAGAGUUCCAUAUACCUCCUCAGUCAAGAACUGUCAUGCCUGCAUGGGCAUGGGAAAAAUGCCAUGCAAGGACUGUGCAGGCUCUGGGAAUAAAAUCUGCUGGGUGUGUAAUGGUAGUGGAUUUCGCCACGGAACUGAGCGCUGCACGCACUGUAACGGCUGUGGAAGAGAAAACUGUAGCCACUGCCAUGGACAAGGCUCACGCAAGUGUGAAACCUGUCGAGGGAAGAGACAGCUCCUCGUCUUCAUCACACUCAAGAUCACGUGGACCACUUAUAAAAAUGAAUACAUGGUGGAGCAGUUGAGCGGUCUGCAAUCGGAGAAUCUCAAUAAGGUCUCUGGCAGGGCGAUGUUCACAGACUCCCAGUACAUGCUUUACCCAGUGAUGGGUUUCCCCGACCCUUCAGUGAGCCAAGCGUCUGAGCGUUUAAUACAAGAACAUCAAUCCAAAUAUUUCCAGAAUUCUCGCAUUCUGCAGCAGCGUCACUCCAUCGAGCUGAUCCCCAUCACUCGGGUGAACUACGCUUGGAAAGGGAAGUCCCACGUUUACUUUGUGUUUGGGAACGAGAACUCUGUUCACACUGACAGCUACCCGGCCAAAUGCUGCUGCUCUGUCAUGUAAUCCCAUAAUUCAGCCUUUUUUACCAGCCAAAACACCAAAUGGCAUUAAAAUGGCAAAUGGUAAUGGCAUUACGGAAUCGAACGCAAAAUCUCAGCAAAAUUGUGAAAGCCUUUCUUACGGCUCUUCAUGUAUGCGAGUUGACUCCCAGCUUUCAUAACUCGUUCAUAAAUGACACAUCACCACUAGCUGGCUAUCAAUGUAGGCUAAUCACCUAAUUAAUGUAUCCUAGUAGGGCUACAGUUCAAUAUCAAGACAAUUCUCAGCUUUUCGUUAACACUUUCCUCUGUGCAGUCUUUACGUUUCUCAGGCAUUCUCAUUCUCCAUCUCUUUUUGACCCGAUUUGUUUCUACCUAAUAUACGUUGAAAUAUUUGGUGUAUCCUAGGCUUUCACAAGCUGUGAAUAUAAAACAUGAGAACUCAUGUUGCCUUUAAUUACAAGCAGCACACCAAGUGUUCCAUCACACACCGCAUACUAUCACUCUAAACAGUAUUCCACUGGCCUGUAUGAAGUUGAGUACUAUUUGACAUAUUAUUUAGUACAGCAUAUGCAAUUUGGGACAUACCAUAUAACCUAUCACUUACUUUUUUUUUUAAAAAGAUGAACAGUUUUGUAAUUGCUAGUAAGGGGGAAUCUUGCUUGUUUUUAAGUGAGUCAGAUCAUUUGGCUCAGAUCACCAGUAGGAGUCGACUCUUUCGGCUCCCAGACGGAUCAUUGACAUCAUUUUUCUCAAUAUUUUGACCAGUGAUUGUUUUUGCCUUAAAGUGUGUCAUAAAAUCUUACUCUACCCUCUAAUUAAUAAAAUCACUACCUUGCAUUGCAUUUUAUAAACCGAUUAAAUGAAUUGUGAAAUUAGCAAGGUGUUAAAAAAGGACAUUGAAAUGUACAGUAAGCAUCGCCGCAUUAAUGGUUUUGUGCUGCUGUGGCUGUGCUUCAUUUGCUUCACUUCCAUUUAUCAUUUGUCAUUUAUGUUGUGAAAUGUCAUUAUAUUAAAUGUAUUCUUCUUUGUGUAUGCUUGUAAUGAAUACACAUCAUGUAAUGAAUAUACAUCUACAUAAUCAUGGAAAUCUUUUGCAGUCACAUACCUGUGAACAUGAUUUCAUUUAUAUUGCUAUUUUUUAUACAUUAAUAAACACAUCAAUUUGUAUGCUCUCAAUAUAA